GAUAAGGGUUGUCUUGUUGUGGUCGAAUUCAAUCCGACUGAUUGUCAGCAUUUAUUCGAUUUGUCUCUCUCUCUCUCCGUGGUGGCUUCUGACUGAAGCGGUUUGGUGUGUCAAGUGCUGCUUCAAUACUCACAAGUUGCAUACCGUAGAUUUUAAUAUACCCUCAGCCAUAGUUAGGCUACUAACAAAUCUUUACAAAGACAAGCCCUUCCAGUUACAAAGUGUUCUUCUAAAUCAUUAUCUAAAUUUAAAAGUUGCAACGGAUAGAUUGUAAAUUUGAGCCUUCGAAAAGUUGAAAGUCAAAUUCAAGCAUGUGUUUCUGUAAUUGUACCUGAACUGCACAAGGAUCGUGGACAGUUGUGGGAUUUUUUCAGUGAAACUCUUUGGUGUAUUUUGUUGUGAAGCAGCAGUGCUGCAAGCAGACUUGCAGCGGUGGUUGAGAAGAGAAUUCGCCGAUCCGCCAACAUUAGCCCGUUGCUAUCAUGCUGAGACUUUCCAACUUUACGCGAAGACAGCUGUUGACCCUGGUUGUGUUGAGCAUCGGAGACUUCUGCAACGCCAUCUGCGUCUCAUUGCAGGCGCCCUUCUACCCUCAAGAGGCAGAGAAGAAAGGAGCCACAGCCACUGAGUAUGGCUUAGUAUUUGGAGUUUUUGAACUUAUAGUAUUUGCAGUCAGUCCAUUUUAUGGACAGCAUUUAAACCGUAUUGGCCCCAAGACGUUAUUCAAUGGUGGGAUUUUCACCACAGGUGUUUGUGCAAUAUUAUUUGGACUGUUGGACAAAGUGGAUGGACAUUACCCUUUCAUCACGUUAUCGUUUGUGAUUCGAAUAGUGGAGGCGCUGGGAAAUGCGGCUUUUCUCAUUGCCACCUUUGCAAUAAUCGCCAAAGAGUUUCCUGACAACGUCGCUACCACAUUUGCUUCAUUAGAAACAUGCUUUGGCUUUGGUCUUAUAGUAGGACCGACAGUUGGUGGUAUUCUUUACCAGGCUGGUGGAUACACGACGCCAUUCUUAGUGAUGGGUUCAGCAUUAUUCAUGUCAGCGAUUAUGACAGCAUUCGUUCUACCAGAUCAUCCUGAUCGCGAGGAGGACUCCAAAGCAGGAGCUAGCCUACUGGAGGUGUUGCGAAUCCCCGGGGUGGUGCUAGCCGCUGCAAGUAUUAUUGUCACCUCCAUGAGCAUCGGAUUCUUGUCUGCCCUACUUGAGCCUCAUCUCAGACAGUUCAACCUGCCUCCGGCCAUCCUGGGAGUGAUGUUCGUGAUAAACGGGGGCACGUAUGCGCUGACCGCCCCCUGCUGGGGGUGGCUGUGUGAUGGUCGCCGCCUCCACCCCAAGGUCGCCUCCGUCACCGGCUGCAUUCUACUCAUUGCCGGCUUCUCCGCUAUUGGGCCCAUCCCCUUCCUGCCUAUACCUACAACGUUAUGGCUUACAAUUGUUGGACUGGUGAUCCAUGGACUUGGAAUUGCAGCUCUGUUAGUUUCAUCUUUUACAGAUGCGCUCCGUUGUGCUAUAUCGCAUGGUUUCCCCAACAACCUAGAAACUUAUGGACUGAUUUCUGGUCUGUGGACAUCGACGUUUGCGUUGGGAGCUUUCAUUGGUCCAUCAAUUGCAGGUGUGCUCUACGAUGCAUUCGGAUUCAGAGCAGCAACUUUGUUGAUUAUUGUGCUGGGAGCUGUUGUGGGCGCAAUAGUGCUGAUAUUCAUCUGCUGCACCAAGCCGCAGAACAUGUACAAAGAGAUACCGAGCGCCGCAUCUGCCAGUCUGCCCGAAGAGAUAGGAGGAAGCAGUCACACGCCGCUACUGGGCGACAAGUCACCGCGGCUGGUAGCCAGCAACGGGCACAUCAACAUAGUGGGAUCAACUGCCUCACUCGCUUGCCCUGGAGAGCGACCUCCCGGCAUGAAUGGCAUCAUCGCUUGCAGCAGCUAUAAGAAUCGGCUUGGUGAGACUUUUUAUGGUAACUGGCAUCGCAAGGAGAGUGGAGCUACGCUAGGCAACCAGUAUAGCUCAAGUUAUGGCAGUUUUGAACACUCCGCGCAUAGAGCUUUCUAUGAAUCUACAUGAGCACCAUAUUGUCUUCCUUUAAACCAAAAAUUGACUUGAAGACUGUAGUAAGCUAUCCGUCAAAAAAGACAUAAAAAGACUAUUGUAACAAGGAGGAUUAUCAUCACAUAUAGCUUCACAAGAUAAUAUAUUUUGAGAACAUAUUGAUGGAAGAGUUGAAAAAACUUGAGACGAUUGUAGAAUUUGCUGAGUUGACAAUAAUUUAUUGAUGUAGACUAAUUUCUGUAACUUUAACCUACAUUGUCAGAAAAUGUCGGAAAAGAAAUAUCAUCUUAUUUGAAUCAUUGUUCAGAAUUUUAUCGACAUCAGUCAGACACUUUCAAGUUGUGCAUUUGAUGACGGAAUGUUUUUGUGUCUUUGAAUAUUUAGGAUUAUUUCAUUGUUUAUACUUUUGUCCAAAGAUAAAAUUGGGCCACCCUAGUAAUCGUUCAGUAACAGUCUCCUGAACAAUAAAAACAGAAAUUUUUCACAAAAUGUACUUUAAAAUGUGUAGAAAACUCAGCAAAAUCUCAUGAGACAUCUACAAACAUAAUAUGAUGAGUUUUCGGAUUCACAUAAUAUCUUCUUAAACUGAUCAAAACUACAAUUCCUAGAAAUAUUUAGGCACAUUGUAUUUAUUUUCGUAAAUAAUAAUUUAUUGUAAGUUAUUCUUUGUUAACAAGAACAAUAAAAUUUAUACGUUAGUCUCCA